AUGAUGUAUUUUGUCGAUGCCAAUUGGAUUACAGGUAAUCUUUGCUGGUCGAUGCCAUGUAUGAACGGAGGUUCAUGUUUUGGUUCAGCGUAUACUUAUCUUUGUGUGUGUCCUAUGAAUUACAGUGGAGCUCUAUGUGAAAAACGACUUGGUAUUUGCCAAGAAAGUCCUUGUGGUAAUCGAGGUUUAUGUGUUGAAACAGGUUUAACUUCUUUUGAAUGUCGAUGUUAUUUUGAUUAUGUGGGUCCUUUAUGUGAAGAACAUGUACCGAAAGAUGAUCCAUCCGUAUGGUCAUCACUUAUUCCUGUACAUACACGAGUUCUUUUCGAUAUACUACAAGAAGCAUAUCGUUUAAAAAAUAGUGGUAAAUCAACAGGUACUCCUGUUAGUGACCGAUUCAAUGCGACGAAUCUAUCAAAAACAAGUAGUACACCACUGCUUGAUACUACAUUACCAACGUCGUUGAAAUUAAAUGUUGUUACUGAACCAGGUGCCACAACUGAACAAGAAAAUGUUAUACGAGCUGAAGAUAUUCAACUUGAAAAAAUAUUUCCCGAAAUCAGCACGGUAUCACCAACGAAAAUGUACAAGCAAGAUACUACAGAAAUAACUUCUCAAACAUUUCAAACAACCGAAGCCAAUACAUAUAAUAAUGAAACAAAUAUGACUUCAAAGACACAAAUGUUUACAACAGAAAGUAUCAAAACAACCUUAUCACCUUUAAUGACGGUUGAUGACAUGUUGACAGUAUCAUUAGAACACAAUCAAACUAACCCUUUGAAUAUCACCGAAAGACAACAGUUCAUUAAUACUACUGAAAAAAACAAUAAAAUGAUAACUUCCACGACUUUACCAGGAUCAACUUACAACAGUGAUAAUAAUAUUACAACUCCUUUUACCCAUGAAAUUAUACGAAACUCAACAGAACAAAUCAAUAACAGCACUGAUUCUAACAAUUUAAUUAUGAAUACUACUUCACAAACUAUGAAUGAUACUUCGUAUGAAACAAGUAAUUAUUCAUCGAUUCAAAAUUAUAGUAGUCAAUUCAAUUCAUCAGAACAAACAUCAUUUCCAACUAAAACUACAACAAUGCAAUCGUUAAUAACUGAUAAAUUAAUCGAUAUGCUUAAUAAUUCUCAAUAUGAACGUGAUCAAUUUCUUUAUCAAUUAUGUCAACAACUUUUAUCUCAUAUUUUACCUGAUGCAUCAUCAUUAUCAUCGCCAAAAGCUGUUGAAGCAGCUUUAACAUCAGCAUCAAACUCAUCAUCUGGUAACUACCCCGUAAAUGAGCUUCUUUCUUGGAUCAAAGAGCAAAUUAAUUCAUCGUCAUCAUCAAUAACAACGACAACAACAACAACAAAAACGACAACUCCUGCUACGACGACAACGACGACAAAACCAACGACUACAAUUCCUACUACGACGACAACGAUGACGACAAAAUCAACGACGACAACUCCUGCUACAACAACGACAAUGACGACAACAAAACCAACAACAACAUCUCCUACAUCAACAACACCAAGGCUAUCAUUAGUAAUUCGUGAGAAAAGUUUAUCAACAAUGUCAUUAGAACGGUUGGACAUGGAUGAAGUACUUCAUCCAGUAAACAAUAAUGAUGAUGGUGAACGAUAA